CCCGACUCUCCCACUGCUCGCUCCUGCUGCACUGUGUGGAGGUGUCUGUGUCUCCUUUGCUUUCUGCCAUGAUUCUAAGUUUCCUCGGGCCUCCCCAGCCAUUCAGAACUUGUACCACUGGGUGGAGAUGCGGACCAAAAUGCGCAUCAUGGGCUUCAAUGCCGCUGCGGUCAAGCCGCUGAACGAGGGGGCAGCAGCCGAGCUGGGCGCGGAGCUGCUGGGCGAAGGCAUCAUCUUCAUGACCGCCUGCAGCUGCCUGAUGCUGGAGUACUGGCGCCACCAGUUGCAGCAUCGCCGCAAGGAAAAGGAGCGACGCGUUGCCAGGGAGGAGCUGCAGGGCGAGGUGGGCCACUUGGGGCUGGCGCUCGAGGAGCUGCAGGCGCAGGUGCACGCGGCGGUUCCGACGCAGCUCGCCCUGGAGGAGCUGCGCGCUCAGCUACAAGAGGUGCGAGCCGUGCUCUGCCUCCAGGACCUGCCACCUGCAUCCCCGGCUGAGCCAGAGUCGGAGGAAUAGGAGGCCUCGGGGCCAUGGUCUUGGCGGUGACUGCUGCCUGGACUGCAGUCUCCGACUUGGCCUCUUCUCCGCACUGUCACAACUCGGACCGGCGCAGCUGACACCACCCAGUCCUUUGAGGGCGCUGGAGAGAUCCUGGACUGGAGCUGAUCCAACCUCCCUACUAGCCUGCCCCAGUGGUACCUUCUACUGGACUUCCCCCUCCUGCAGGUGGAACGUUCCAACAAGGACCCCGUCCUCACCCCGCCCCAGCCAGCGCAUUGGUUGAGCACUUCGGAAAGACAGCGGCUUUUAGCAGACCCCACCUCCCUGCCGCUAGGUAGGGCAGCAGGACGUCCCCCUCUUUUGGCAAAACGAAAUUGGAUUCUGCACCUGGAUUUAGCCGACCUGUCAUUCUGUCACCCGCACCUUCACUCACCUGAGUGGACCCUCCCACUAGGACGCUCAUUCUUUGCACCGAACACCCCCUACCUCCUGAUUGGUAGAGACCAUUGAAAAGAUGCACAAAGUUCCUAAGGACUUCCCGCCCCGCCCCCUUCCAUCUAUCUCAGUCUUAGGGGGAAAGGAGGUGGGGGUGAAUCCUGGACUGUGUUGGCUCCUGACCUUAAUCCACCGUUAGUACCUGCGACUGGCACCCUCCCCUCCCUCAGUGGAUCGUUCCAACAGCACACCCCUCUUCCUUCCUGCCUUCGGCACAACCCACUGGCAUGGCUGUGCUGGGUCUUCCAGGGCAAUGCCUCCCAGCCUGGCAUUCUGUGAUCUGUUUCAGCAGGACCACCGAAUCUUGGGAGGAAACACCGGUCCUGAGCAGGGCUAAUUCAUUCUGCCUUUCAGUCUCAGUCACUUGGUCACCAUUCCCCAGUUCCGGACCCGCUACUGUCCUUUUACCUCUCUCGCUGUCCUCUUCAGUCGCCUCUGCUAGGGACUGGCCUGCCCCGUUACUACCUAAGUCAUCGUCAGGUCGCCCGUCUUCCGUCCAAUCGGCCCCUCAGAGUUCUCAGGGUUCGCCCUUCCUUCCUGCCUUUGGACUGGCCCCGGUCCCCCUCCGCCCUCCUUCACGGGAAGGCCUCCUCCAGGGGACUCCCUGUCCCUCAGCCCUGAGGUCCCUCCAUCCAAACGGGGUAUUCCACCAGGGCAUAUGACCUACCCGCCCGAAAACUGAAGGGGGCGUGGAUGAGCUCUGUGACUCUAAAUGCUACUUUUUAAAUACUGUCAGUGUUUUAUAAUUAAAGGAACUCUGGGGUAAAGAUCUUAA